UUUUUUGCCUUAUCACAAUCACCGUUGUUUGAAAAUUUCAACAAUACGUGUUAAAUAAAAAAUAAACAAACAUGGGAACCGUAUUGGAUCGAUAACAUAAACAUAGUGGACUUAAAAAAUCCCAGGCUGUUGCCUUCACUGCGCGAGGAGAAAACAACAAUAUUUCAGAUCGCAGAAAGUUUGACUGACUGGUCGUCCAUCCAGUGAGCAUGGAGGCAGGAGAGGACCAGACCAGUUCCAGCUCUGCCAAUAACAACGCUCCAUCAGGAGGAAACCCCCGCCCCUCUCAGAUAGCUCAAAUGUCUCUGUAUGAGAGACAAGCUGUGCAGGCACUGCAGGCACUACAGAGGCAGCCUAAUGCAGCUCAGUACUUCCAGCAACUCAUGCUACAGCAGCAAAUCAACAGUGCUCAACUCCACAACCUGGCUGCUGUGCAACAGGCAACUCUUGCGGCCAGUCGUCAAUCCAGCUCUCCCAAUAACAGUGUCUCUCAAGCCACAAGCUCAGCACAAUGCACAGUCAACUUAAGUACCACCUCUGGGGGAGGAAUCAUGACAAACUCUCGACCAAUGGGACCUGCCACCUCUGCUACAUCAACAGCCCUUAGCCAAUCAGUGUUGCUUGGUGGAAACUCAGGUGGACAGGGUCAGAUGUACCUGAGAGUAAACCGCUCUCUUCGGGCACCUCUCGCCCCUCAGCUCAUUUUCAUGCCUGGUGGUACGGCAACAGCUGCUGUGGCAACGGUUGCCCAACAGCAGCCCCAGCAGCAACCACCGCAGCAGCAACAGGAAACAAGUCCCACAUCCUCCAGUAACCAGUCAGAUAAUGAUCAGGUACAGAACUUGGCAAUGCGUUGCAUAUCCUCUCCAAGGGUCGCUUCUGUGAAGACAGAGUUUGUGGACACUAGAAAGGAGAUGGGCGGUUCAUUCCCAAUUAACCAGCAGACUCAGAUGCAACAGCAAUUUGGUCAGUCAGCCCAGCAGAUCCAUCCCCAGACUCAACCGCUCGCCAACACCAAGCUGCAAAACUACUCCAACACCACUAACAUGUCUGUCCUCAACGUGAAGGGCACUAACCAAUCCACUGUCACCACACAGCAAACCGGAGCCUCAUCCAACCCUCCUUCCUCCUCGCCCACUUCCUCGAUCCCUCUCUCCCAGCUGCUCCUCUCUCAAUCUGGCUUGUGCCAGGCCCGAGGUGUACCAGCCGCUGCGGCCACAGUUACCCACAUUCUGGUGCCCACCUCUAAUGUUCCCACUUCUUCUCAAGGGUAUCCGAUGGGCACAGUGGCAACCAAAUCCAAUAUAACAGCCCAGACAUUAGUGGUACAGCCUCUCCAGCAGACAGGAGCAAAUUUGAGCACAGAGAAACUGGGUCAUGCAACGGGGCAUGUGCCCAUCCAACCUAAAAUGGCUCAGGGCCAUCGGCUGCCAGUGCAGAUGCCCCCUCGCCACCCACUUCCCAUUCUCCCAGCACCACCUAAUAACAACCAGGGCACGGGGGGACAUCACCCUCCACAUGUCCCAGUUCAGCUGGUUGGGGCAAGGCAGAGCACGCUAGGAAACUCCCAGGCUUUAGCAGUGGCCCAGGCCCGUUGCGCCCAGCAGGACACCACAGCUGCUGUGGCUGUAAAUAACUCCAAUAGCAAUGCAGUUACUAUGGUGAAUGCAAUGGUAACAGGUGGAGCUGGAAUGUGCCUUAAAACAACCCCAAGUGCCCUGCCAGUUUCUCAAAUGCAGACCAAUCAUAGCACAGGAUUAAAUCAGGUUGAUCCUGCUGCAGUCACAUACUCAUUGGCUGGACAAAUUAACGCUGGAGCACCUUUAAGUGGAGAGGUGUUUGUUCAGUCUGAAACUCAGACAAAGCCUGUAAUUGGUCCCUUGAAAAGGAAAUCAGAAUCGGAUGCAACUCUUGAGAUUUCAGUAGAGAACAUCAAUGCAAGUCUAUCACUGCAAGACUGCGCCCCUUCCCUCUCACCAGCUCCCUCACUAGACACAGUCCCAGAGAUGGCAUUCUCCUCUCCUCCUACUCUCUCUCUUUCUCUCCCUCUCCCUCUUCCUCUUGGAGGAGGACAAGUUGAUCGAGCGCCAGUCCCACAAGCUGUGGUCAAACCUCAAGUUCUCACACACCUUAUCGAAGGCUUUGUUAUCCAGGAGGGAGCUGAACCAUUCCCUGUGACAGGACCAGUGAAAGAGCGAGCAGAGGGCAUUCUUCCUGUUGCUGUUCCACCCAUCCUACAACCAGAGCACAACAGCCAUAACAAGUUAAAGUGUGAAUACUGUCUAAGAUUAGCACCAGCCACCCUGUUCAGACGAUCCAAACGCUUCUGUUCCAAAACCUGUGCCAAAAGGUACAAUGUCAGCUGCAGUCACCAUUACCGCAUUAGUAGGGGUCUUGAUGCUGGAGAACGGACACCAGGGGGCCCUGUGAUGCAGGAUGCUAUUGCUAGACGCAGGAGUCCUCGCAGGAGCAGCUCUGAGAUUGCCUGUGCUAAAAUAGCAGGCAGGCAUCUGCCUGUAAAGUGUCGCUCUGAGUCAAGUCGUUCUGAGGACAUCUCCAGCUGUGAGGGUGAAGAAGAGGAAGACUUCUUGUAUCUCUCACCCAGCUCAUCCUUUUCAUGCUCAAGACCAGCUCACUGUGGCCCUCAAUUGGAUGAUUCUGCACCAAGUGGCCUCCAAGUGGCCUUCCUAUCUGGCAACCCUGCUCACUGGAGUGUGGAGGAAGUGUGUCAAUUUAUUUCUUCUCUCCAAGGUUGUGAAGACCUGGCAGGACAGUUCCUGUCUCAGGAGAUUGAUGGGCAGGCUCUGCUGCUUCUGAAGGAAGAGCAUCUCAUGUCCACCAUGAACAUCAAACUUGGCCCUGCCCUCAAAAUCUGUGCAUCUAUCAACAGCCUGAAGGACUGAACAAGGGAAGA